AUGAAUUUAUAAACUAAUUAAAAAAGUACAUAGAUUAAUUUAACAAAUUUACUUAUUAAACAUGAUAAUAUCAACAAAUAUAAUUUUGAGCCACAAGCUAAAUAAAAUGUAAUGUUGUUUACUUACGUUAUUAACUAGUUUUUAAAUAUAGCAUUUUAUUUUAAAAUACAAGUUAUAGAUUGGUUGUUCUACUUAAUUUCUAGUAAGCUGAACAUUUUAAAGUUAAACAAGCUUAACGUACAUAUUAUUUUUGUAAAUCCCCCUCCUUUUAUUUUAAAAGUAAAAAGAGCAUCUUUUCCAGCUCGUUAUCUUAUUUUGCUUACAAUUAUUAGUAAUAAUCUUAUGAUUUACACUACUUUGCACUAUAGGAUGUGCUUAAUUAAUAUUUAAAUAAAGUAUUCAGAGAGAUUUUAAAUUCUAGUAACUUAACCAAACCAAAUUUAAAAAAAUAAUUUGGGGGACUCCAUUUUCUUAAAUUUUACAUAUCAAAUAAAGGAUGAUGCAUGGUAAUAGAAGAGGUUUAAUAUUUACAAUAAAGAAUUUAAUUAAAUUGAAAAAAAAUAUGUUAAAAUUUUCGUAAAUUAGAAAAUGAUUAAAUUAAAAUAAACUGAGUAGUAAAACUUAUUUGAUUAGCUAUAAAAAAUGAAUUUUUUUUAUUUAUUUUUUUUUAAAUGUUAAAUAGAUAAAAACAUUUUUCAUUACAUUUGUAAAUAAAUAACAUAGUAUUAUAAAAUUCACUUAAAAUAUUAAUAUUAUCUUAUUAUGAUUCAAAUGUUUUAUAUAAUAUACAACUUCUAUUUUGUAUGCUUCUAAGAGUAGAAGAGUUUAUAAAUUAAUUAACUUUGA